CCAUGCAAAACCGACCCAUCACAGACAGGAACAUGGUGGAGCUGCUGGGGUGGCCGUUCGGGCUGCUCCUAAGCUUCGUCGCAUCCAUUGUCGGCGUCGUGGGGAAGAUUAUGAUCAAGCUGUCCUUUCGUCGGAGCAUGGCUCAAGAGUCAUCGGAAGCUCGGUGCUGGUGGGGUGGCGGCAUGGUCUUGAUCGUGGUGGUAAAUCCUGCACUUUGCAUCGCCGCGUACAAGUUUGCGCCGCAGUCGCUCCUGGCGCCCAUGGGUGGCAUGUGCAUCGUGUGGAAUUCUGUUUUGUCUCCAUAUAUUCUAAACGAAACACUGCGAACCCGGGACUUGAUUGGAGCCACCGUCAUCUUUCUUGGCUGUGUCGUUGUCGGAGGUGUUGGCAGCCAUCAAACGCACGACAUUCCCGUCGACGAACUGGCGUCCCACUUUACCUCCGCUUCAUUCCUCACGUACAUCAUAACGUACGUCGUCUUGAUGAUGGGUUUGUUGCGUUGCGCCGCUCCCGCCUUCUUCCAAGCAUGGGGGUAUCGCUCCCGCUGCGGCGAAGGGAGCUCCUCGGACACUGCAGAAGCCCCGCACAAAACGACUUGCUGCCGAGUUAGUCUCGCAUCUAUGGCUGGCAGUAUCAGCGGUCAGCUCUUCUGCAUGUGUGCGCUGUUGCGGCUCACGCACAAUGAUCCACGGGUGGUGUUCAUGACGCCUUUGGUGUAUGGUGUCGCCCUGGCGGCCGUCGGCUUUGCCGUGUCCGGACUGUACCUGAUGAACAUGGCGCUGCAUCUGUACGAGGCGUUGUUCGUGAUUUACAUUUACGAAGCAACGCUCAUGAUGGGUGGCGCUGUCUCGGGCAUUUGUUUCUUUGGCGAUAUGAAGGACCUGAGCAUGUGGCACUGGAUCGUGUACGGAGCUGGCAUUGGGCUUAUCCUGACUGGGAUCGUCGUGCUGUCGACUGGGGAUCGGGCGCGAUCCGAAGACGACUCCUCCAUCGAUGAUCUGCACGCCGUCAAGCAGACCCUGCUAUAACCAGUCGUCCCAACUAACUUGCUAAGCAUAUCCAUGUACUCUAUGGCUGAACCAACG